UUUUUUUUAUUAUUAUUAUUUAGUAGCUUUGAUAUAAACAAUCGUUCCAAAGAAAAAAAAAGAGGAAAAGGUUAUCUCUUCUACGUUUCUUAUUAAAACAACGAUAUAUUUGAUUGAGGAAACAAACCUUCAAACAUAGAAUAUCUCAGUCAUUAACUACACGCAUCUUACAUACACCGAGGGGUUUGUUUUUGUUUACAAUUACGUAACCACCUCGAGGGACCAUCGCGUGUGAACCAGGACAUAUACACAAAGUAAACAUUGUCGUCCUAAAUAUAACACAAAAUGUUAUGUUUUUGAUCAUAUUGGAUUUUUCGAAUAAUUCAGUCUUUCCGGGGAUGUAUAUACUUGUUUAUACGUCCCUGGUCUUACGUUUGUUUUCUUUUAAAUUCAAAACUCUAGAGGAUUGAGUUAGGCAUCAAUUUUAAAAUCUGCAAUUUAAAAUACAGUUUGUUUCUCAAUCAUGUCAAAUUGAAUGUGUCUUUAAUAUCGGAUAUUCAUCGCUGCUGGACUAGCGAUCUGUGAUUUCACACUACUUUAACUGAACAUACAAGCCUUACUCAAAUUCUUCGUUGUGAAAAAUUACAAUCACUGAUGUUAGACCAGGAUUCGUUCAAUAUCACACUACAAUUUACCUUGUACACACGAACGCAUACAGACAUCUAGAAUAAAUACUGAAUUCUUUUCAUGUUUUACUGAUGAUUGUCAUUUUUAUGCCCCCUCUUUACUAUCAGACUUAUUUUUGGAUGAUAGAUUGCUUUUCAGAGUAUGGAGAUGUUUUGGCUGGAUGUAUCUUUAUUGCUGCAAGGAAUAUAGAAGCAGGUCAACAAACGAAGGAGCAAAUUUCGUGCGCAUGGGAUUCCAACAGACUGUUGAAAGACAUCAUCACUGAAGACGACGAAGAUAUUUUCAAUGAGUAACUCCAGCAUAUGUUUUGUUUCAACGUUAGAGUACUUCUGCGUAUAAUCAGAGUAACGUUGAACAGAAUAAUUUUAUGAAUGACUGAUCACUAGAUAGGACUAGAUGCGUUCUCCAUUUUUGUUGAAAAAGCAACUGUCUAUGAUGUCAAAAAGUUUAGUCUUUAAUCUAUAGUAAGGGAUGGUUAUGUAAAGUGUUGAAAAGUCAUACAUUUGGUAUUGAUUUGAGAACAGUUUUGCGAGUCUAUCAAAAGUUAUUAAGAUUUUGUUUUAAAUCUACAUUUAAUUUAAACCACUCCUGUUAUAUGUAAUCGCACAGUAUGUUUAAAGUUUCUCCUUCACAGCCGUUGAUAUUUUCGCGAGGAGCUAAACUAUGUGCUUGAUAGAACAUGUAUUGGACCCAGCAAUGCAUAUUUGUAAUUGUUUCUUUUUUUUAAUGAAAUUUGGGAUUCCAGUAUAUAUGUAUGUAUGGUAUCUAAUAAUCACCCAACUCAUUGAAAACUGAACAAUGGUUUUGAAGAAUUUCAACUUUUGAAAGGGCAGUUGGAAUAUAAGUACGAUUACCGAAAGUGGAAAUAAUGGCAAGUUCAUUUAGAAUAUAAUUGUAAUAAUGAGCCUUAUAAAUAAGAACAAGUUUUGUUAGCUGUAACCAAAACAUAUUCUUUGUUCAACCUAUUGAAUUAUUUUUCCUUCUGGUUUACUGAACACAGAAAGAUAGAUGACACGUGCUUUUGUUUUAACGUGUCUAAUACUUACUUUUAUUAUUCCUCUUGUAAAAAAGGUGAAGAUAACGAACAGUUGAUUAAUUUCAUUUUAACAAUGCAUGAGGUUUAGUUUAUAUUAAGCCCAUCGUCUACAUAAUCCUCGACAUAAUUCAUAAUAAGUUCUGUCGAAAAUCAAAAGAUCGAGUUCUUCUGUAUUUAGAACCGUUUAUAAUAAGUGAUACGUCACUAUUACCAAUGAAGGACCGCAAAGCUUACGACGUUUGUGCAUGGAAGUAUCUCUAUUGUGCUACAUCCCCUGUGGCACAGGAACUCUAUGUUGCGAUCUCAUCCGAAGGAAGUCCCCAUUUAGUCGCCUCUUACGGAAAGCAAGGAGUACUGAGGACGUAUUUUAACCUGGAUUCCUCCAUGAGGUCAUACCUGGUCAUAUGUAUGCAUAUAUUUAGCAGAUCUGGACAAGUUUUUAGUUCCGGACAUUUCAGGGGAGUGAUGUAAUGUGCAAUCUUCUUGAUAAUAAUUGAUAUAUUAGUAAUAAAUCUAGCAUAAAUAAGUGAUUGUUUUUUAUUCAAUAACACAACUUGCUGUUUUAUAAAAUCUAGAUAAUUUUCUUAUGGCUUCCAGAUUUUUCUGUUUUCGUAUUCCCGAGAAUAUCGAGAUCACUAGAUAAUUUAAUUCCUAUUGUACCGUUGUAUCUGAUUGGUCGAAUUCCAUUUGACGAACGCAAGUUAUUUUUGUAUAACCUGGUUUCGUAUGGGGACACAUCCCCUUAACAAUCAGAUACCGGGACUAUUUUUUCUCUCUCUUACAUCGCAGCACUGUUUCAGCCGUCUAUGGAAUAGAAAGGCAACGUGCACAAUACAAUGCUUCGGUUUGAUAGACAUGCUGUUUUCUCGUUGUCAAUACUAGCAUGUAAUUGUACACAAAUAACAUGUAAAACAACUGUCGGUGUAUGUAUGGUCGAAUAAUAGAUUAAAACAAGGAUAUUUAUUCGAAUUAAUGAUUUUCCAAGUAAGCUUUGCCCUGUUCAUUUUGAAAUACAUUGAUCACUGGAAAAGGGGGUGGGGGUAAUUGCUUGAUCCAUCUUUCAACAAUAGGAAACAAAAAUUCGCACCUCAUAUUUUAUCAAAUAAAGUCAGACACAUUGACAUGUGGAUCGCGAUUUGUCACUUGUUUAUAUAUCUUCUUGUGUAUUCAGUAUCAGCGACAACGUUGCAUACAAAGGUAAGUUUUCAUGUAGUAAAAGUUUUCACAGAGUUAAAAACGUAAGUUAUUGCUUUUUCUGAUAUUUAAAGAUUUAUUUUCGAUAGGCUUAAACAAUGGAAUUUUCCGCAUUUUCUCAAUCUGUCGGAGAUGAGCGACCUUAAGGUCGAUAUAUAUUUCAUAAGGGCAGCGAAGUACGCAUUGCGUGCAUAAUCUACACAUAUGUUCUAUCAUAACAAACUUCACUUUCGAUACAAUAUUUUGAUAAUGGCUAGGCUACGUAGAACUAAGAUUAAAGAUGGCGACCUACAUAGCUAGACGCUUCGUGUCGUUGUUGCAAAGUAAAUAAUUGUGCAGCUCAGUUGACUUCUAUUUUCCGAGUCUAUGUACAUUUUGAUAAACGAAGGUUACCAUCUUUGUCUCUUGCAUUUAAUUAUGAGGAUUUUUUUUUAUUCUGGGACAAGUCAUACGAGUAGAACCUGGUUUGGGUCAGUUUACGCUUUUUUAUAAUCAUUGUCCCAGAAUUAAAAAAAAAAACAAAUCCUUAAAUAAUUAAUGAAAGCAAGAGUUGCAUUGUUUGUCUGCAGCCGGAAGUUAUACGCGGAAACGUAACAUCAAAAUUGUUGAUUAUUUAACGCCGAAUUACAUACAAGUGCUUAGAUAUCCUGUCGAUACUUUAUGUUAAAAAAAUCCAUGGUUUCGUAUUAAGGCUUAACAUGUAUAGCUGGACGUUGUGGAUAUUGGUAUCCUACACUUUGAUUUGUACUUGUGUGACGGGAACAUGUCCAUACAGUUGUAGGUGUUACAAGACGUCUACAUGUAAUGGCACUAAAGUGAAUUGUAGAUGGGGAUUGCUGACCAGAGUGCCAACUGGAUUUCCUAAUGACACUUGUUACAUUGACUUGGGUUGGAAUAGAAUAACAACAAUGGGGAAUGGCACAUUUCUUGGAUUGACCAGCUUACAGACACUUGACAUGGGAUGGAAUGGAAUAACAACAAUGGGGAAUGGCACAUUUCUUGGAUUGACCAGCUUACAGACACUUGACUUGCAAGGGAAUGGUAUAACAACAAUAGGGAAUGGCCCAUUUGUUGGAUUGACCAGCUUACAGACACUUGACUUGAGAUGGAAUGGAAUAACAACAAUGGGGAAUGGCACAUUUCUAGGAUUGACCAGCUUACAGACACUUGACUUGUAUGAGAAUGCUAUAACCACGGUAGAGAAUGGUGCAUUUAUUGGAUUAACCAGCUUACAGACACUGCAAGUAUAUUUUAUCAUGGAAAUUAGAACUCAUCAAUGGUCCAUUCAGUAUGCAUUAAAAGACUUGAUUGAAUAGGUAAAGAUGAAAGAAUGUAAACUAAAGAACAACGUACGGUUUUAGCCAAAACCCACCCUGUCAAAAAAUCCACCAAAAUACUAAAUCCGGUAUUUGAGAAUGUGUCAUUUAUGAAAAUGACCAUUGCUAGUCUUUAUCUACUAUAGCAGCUGUAAUAUAUUUAACGGAAACCUCUAUAGUAAACUGACGAUGUCACCAACGUUGACGUUCAUUUUGACGUAAUAUUCGAUAGCUUUCCUCAAGCGAUGUUUUGCGUAGGAAAAUAAAAAUUGUAUCGCAUAAAGAAUUUUAAUUCUUAAUAAAUGUGAAAUUAUUGGUUUUUGUACUGAUUUGAAUGGAUGGUAAAUUGAAUUGAAAGUACAUUAGAUAUGGAGCACAGGGGCAAAAACUGCAGGUAUUCGCAGUAAGCUUUUCUCGUGCGGACAUAUAAUACUCCGAACAUCAAAUUAAAAAAAACAUUUAUAUACCGGUGACAGCGAUUUUUUUUAUUUAUGUCUCCAACUCCUUUAUGUGGCGUAUUUUUAGAAAAAAAUAUAUACUUACAUUUGCUAGAGACUUGCAUUAAUUCGAAAAAAAAA